AUGGCACUCAAGAAUCUUCUAUGGAGUCAUCGGCGUGAAACGAAUUCUGAUCUUUCUCGAAGUACAGCAAGGAGGCUACGUGUGGACGGCGACCGGAGCACGCCAUCAGAAGUUGGUACCUCAUCCUCCGUUGACAAAAAGGGGCCACCCUUCGCCGUAUGGCCAUCGUGGCGAUCCAAGUCACUGGACGACGAAGCAGUGAAUUCAACGAGUCCUGUUGUCUGCUCUGUAACGCUUGUGGACGACAUGGUCCGCACCAGGACUGCAGAUCGGGUCUCGGAGGCUCGAAACUUUUCCUGCAUGUUGCGAGGUGUUGGCGAGAACCGCAAAUCAAAGUGGUGA